AUGGGUGCCAAAGUCUGUGAAUUGAGGCUCCUCUUCGCUUCUCUACCUCGACGUUUCGUCGCCCCUCUAUCCCAUUCACCGCCAUCGUCAUUAGCCAUGGCGCGCAAGAACGACGAUGAUAACGUCACAGUGGUUCAGCAGGGCGUGUAUCCUGUCCCGGACCUACCUAUCAAGGAUUUGCUAGACUCGAUUCCCCGUCACUGCUUCGAGCGCUCAGCUUUGAGGUCGGGCCUUUACAUCGUCUGGGACAGCUUCGUGAUUGUGUGCCUCUACAAGGCUGCGACAUACCUGGACAGCUUCGUCGACCCAUCUACACUUUCACUGCCCAGCCCACACCUGUAUACCUUUGCCCAUGUCGCCAUUUGGGCGCUCUAUGGCUUUUGGGCAGGCCUGUUCGCGACAGGACUCUGGGUCAUCGGACACGAGUGUGGACACCAAGCCUUCUCUGAGUCGAAGACGAUCAAUAACACUGUUGGAUGGAUCGUGCACUCUGCACUCGGAGUCCCUUAUCACGCCUGGCGUAUCACUCAUGCGAAGCACCAUGCCUCCACUGGACAUCUCACUCAGGACCAAGUUUUCGUCCCAUCAACACGUUCCGAACUUGGGCUACCUCCUUUUGACCCGGCAAAGGAAGACCUCCUUGGUUCUCGUGUCACUGAGGAAGUUAAGCGGGAAUUAUGGGAGGCCCUCGGUGAUUCGCCCAUUGGCGCGGUCAUGGGUUCUGCAAGCUAUCUUCUUGGAGGAUGGCCUGCCUACAUUGUCAUGAACUCGUCAGGACAGAAGAGGUACCCUAAGGGCACUAAUCACUUUGAUCCUUCGGCCCCUAUGUUUGCGCCGCAUCAUCGCGGACAGAUCAUCGCGUCCAACGUUGGUAUUCUGCUCUGGCUCGUGGGCAUCGCCACCAGCAUUUACCUUAAGGGCUUCCUUGAAGUCUUCAAGGUCUACUUGGUCCCAUACCUCUGGGUCAACCACUGGUUGGUUCUAAUUACUUUCCUGCAACACACCGAUCCUCUUCUCCCUCACUACCGUGCUCCCGAACACACCUUCGCUCGUGGCGCCCUCGCCACCCUUGAUCGUAACCUUCUGGGAGAUUUGGGAAGUGUUAUGGCCUGGAUUGGUUCUCAUGCUACCAAUGGAAUUUCGGAGACACAUGUACUCCAUCACGUCUCGAGCAAGAUCCCUCACUACCAUGCUUGGGAAGCUAGUCAUGCCCUCAAGAAGAGACUUGCCAAUGCGGGCAUCCCCAUGAAUGGUGCCCCUGGAGGAUGGGCUGAGGUCUACCGUGUCUUCAAGGAGUGCAAGUUCGUUGAGGACGAAGGGGAUGUUGUUUUCUUCAAGAAUGCUUAUGGCCUUGCCAAGAUGCGCCCUCAACUCCCUGAGUCCUCUGCGAGCGAUUCCGGUAUCGAGGUUGAGAAGUAA